UCUCUUCAGCGUUUACUACCACUUUGAAAACACAUACACUCACGCUGCAGCAUCGUGCGGUCUGAUUGGCUGUGACCGUCAGGAGGCCCCGCCCACAGAGCAGGUGAAGGAGUGCAGGCGGCGGCGGGGGUCAGUUGUCCUGCGGUGAUGACAGAAGCGAGCGUGGGCCAGCAGGAGGAGGCCUGGCGGGCCUGCAGAGGAACGUCUAGAGGAGACGAGAAGGACAACCACGUGGCCGGCAGCUCGGAUGGGGACAUGGCGGCCGAGGAGCGUCAAAGAUGCGCGAGGAUGCUCGGCGAGCGUCUGCAGGCCGCUGAGGCGGAACAUCAAGAAGCCUCAGGAAGCAGGAGAGCACCUUUGGUCCGGUCAAAGACUUUGGAUCCGUGCGUGCUGAGUCAGGUCCAAAGCGACCUGGUCUCCAAGCUGGACAGGAAGAAGUCUCACUGCAGUCAGCUUUCCAAGAGUAAUUGUCAAUACCAUAAAGUAUUUAAGGAGAUCAGCAAAGACGAGCAACUCAGACAAAGUAAGUUUCCCAAAGUAGGACGAGGACGGUCUCAUCUGCUAGGAUUACAAUGGACUACUCUGCUCCACUCACGCUCAUGCAAGUGUAGAGGAGCUUCACAGAGACGUGGUGGGAAAGGUGUGUGUUGUCGUGUGUGUGUGUGUGUGUGUGCAGGUUACACAUGCGCGCUGCAGAAAGACAUCCUCUACCAGGGACGGAUGUUUGUGUCGGACCACUGGAUCUGCUUCCACUCCAAAGUCUUUGGCAAAGACACCAAGAUCGCCAUCCCCGUCACAUCCGUCACCCACGUCAAGAAGACCAAGACGGCCAUCUUGGUGCCAAACGCCGUGGUGAUCGCCACCGCCGCCGACAGGUACGUCUUCGUCUCCUUCCUGUCCCGGGACAACACCUACAAGUUCCUCAUGUCCGUCUGUCUCCACCUGGAAGAGAAGAGUCCUUGCAACAGUCCCAUCCCAUCCUCAACACAAAACAACUUCAGAACGCAGAGGUCACCACGCACACCACGCUUCCCCCUGGGUUUCCACGCCAACUUUGGUGCUUUGGACGGAGCGCUGAGGGACAGGAGGCGGGACACGGAGGAGAGCAGCAGCUCCGAUUUGCAAACGCCCGACGAGGAAAAGAUGGCAGACUUCCAUGUUCCGUCCUUCCUGGAGGCUUUCAAGCACGGUGACGUGUCAGCACCUCCUGGACAUCACGCCAAGAAGCAGGAAUGUGUGGAGGCCAAGAAGGAGGAGAGAACAUUUUCACUCAACACUCUUCUCUGUCUUUACCUCUUCCUCAUGUGUGCGCUGGUGCUGUCGUCGUGUUACCUGACCGUCAAGAUGUUCUCCCUGGAGCAGAGGCUGGCCACGCUGGGCUCCAUGGCAGACUUGGCCCAGCACCAAAGGGACCUCCUGCAAGGCAGCAGCGACGUCAACGAUGACUUCUUCUCUGAGCUGCUGACCAUCAACCUGAAGAAGCUGGACAAGGUGCAGAAGAACCUGCAGAGACUUUUGGAUGAAGCCAUGUGAUGAAGGAUGCACGAUAACUUCAUUGUGCGCUAAACCCACAUUUUCUACGCGUUCUUCCUGUUUAUUUGUAGUAAUGCUGUGAAAGCACUAAGACGUGAACGUACUGCUGUGCUACGUGCACUUCACAGCAAAAUACACAAAAGGGUAACUGACACCACGGGUGUUUGCCGUCCUUCAUUCAUUAUUACUUCCUGCGCUGUCAUCCUACACGUCCCACCCACAAUACACCGGGCUGUUGCUAAACUGCUUCACUCCCUCGACAAAGAUGGCGGCCGACGGUCAGCAGCAGUAAGUCCUGUUCAUGUUAUUUUUAGUGUUGUCAUGCUAGUUUUCACUGUCCAUUUCGUAGGAGCAGAUCCCUUCACAUACGCAAGGACACCAUCUUUAUCCUUCAUGAUGGUCGCGGCUCGGAGCGACCACGCAACCAGUGUUGGUUUACAUUUACUUGUCACUUUCCUUUUCUUUGACGCGCUGCUACUAGGAGAGUCUGCCUCACGAGACACAAUGAAGGGAAAAAAACAAGUGUUGCAACACAAGACUAUGGAGAUCCCGAUCCAUUGUGCUUGUAACACCAAACACCAUAACACGAGAUGUCGUAACACGAGACAGCAUAACACGAGACGUCAUAACACAAAACAACGCACCAAGAAACUUCGUAACAUGAGUUGUCGUAAUGCAAAACCACACAUGAAGAAACACCAACAUGAAACGUAACACGGAACAUCGUAACACAAACUGCCGUAACGCGACGCAAGAAACAUAGUAACACGAGAUGUCGUGACAUGAAACAUCGUAACACAAAACAACACAAGAGGAAACACUGUAACACAAUGUGGCUCAACACGAGCUGUUGUCACAUGGAACGCUGCAACAUGUGACGGCGUAUCACAAAUGUUGUAACACGAAACAACGCGUCACAAAGGCCGUAAGUCAAAACAUCAUAACAAAAAAAAACAACGUACUACAAACUGUUGUAACAGAAAACAUCGCAAGGCAACACACUGCCGCACGAAACACUGUAAGAAGAGGACCGCCUUCAAUGCCCACAACAUCUUCUCGGAUGGUCCAGUCCAGAGUGUUCUGUAUUUGCUGUCCUAACAGGAAGUGUCUCGUCUUCAAGGCCGUCCAUGUCUCACAUGCCCACCUUUUCGUGCCGACAUGCCAUGAUGCCCAGGGGCUACGUGAUGGCGUGGAGGCAGGACAUGGAGAACCAGUGGCUGCUGAUGAAGGUACAGUGCAGUCCUGCUGGCAGCAAAGUGGAUCAGAAUCAGAGUCUUUGUGGUUUUGUGGCCGGGAAUGUCAAGACUCCUCUUCCUCAUGCUCAGUUGCUCUGCUUCAGACGGGUCAGAUGGCUCCUAACUCCUCACACCUGUCCAGGUAAUGCAUGAUGCCUUCAGGCUCAGUCGGUAAAAGCCACGGUGACGUGUGUGUGUGUGUGUGUGUGUGGGUACAACAGCUCUUUGCUGACAUCUUCACGACUUCAUCAGUCUCACUGACAAUGUUGAGGAACACUGAAGAACGUUGGAGAACACUGUGCGUCUGUCAUGUUUCCAAUGAAUAAAGGAUGUGGAAUGAAACUUUUUUGUUUUUAAAUGGCAUCUAAAUGUGUACCAAACUAAAAUGAAGUAAUAGCAGUCGUUCUGGUUCUGAGGAACACCAGGGUCUGGACCGAGACCACCACAUGAGACCAGGAAGUAGCAACGAGAUCUUGAUCCAUUGUGGUUGAAAUUCAAAUCGUACGACUUAAGAAUCCCUGAAGAUGACGCCGAAGUUAAGGGGGUGAAAGCUCAAUCAGUCGUGUGCGGGUGGUUCUGGUUCUGCGUGGAGAAAGCAGCUGUUGUUCUCAUGCUAAUGCGCACACGCUGGGAGGAC